GGUUAUGCGGAGGAGCAUGGAAUGAUUGGCAUGCCGCAAGGGAGAACACUACCUUGGUUAUCUUGGAUUUUAAGGUUUAUUUUUUAUUGUAAUUUGAUACAGCGAAUGGGUAAUUAAAGCUGUAUUGCCGCGUUUGUGUUACGUGAGACAAGAUCUUCGAUGCAUUGGAAAUACAGCUCAAUGUGAGUCCCAGGCUGUGGGAAGAAGAAGAGCAGACGGAAUUCAAGUAGAGUGAGGUAUGAAACCCACUCGCAAAGGUCAAAUUGAAACGUCUCCUCACAAAGUAGGGCUUUCAAUGACUUUGGUCCUGACUAAAAAUGCCGGUCAAUGGCAGUGAUAAACAAAUUAGAAAGAAAAGGAUUAACUAUUCGAACUCAUUUCGCAACCAACCUUUCGAGAUUGCAAAGGAACCUUUUAAGCGGGAGGAUGAACUACGUCAUUCUACAGGAUCGACCAAAGAGCAUCAUUCUGUAACAUACCGGACCAAAACUGAUAUCAGUUUGAAGUACCCGACCAAGAUAGACGGGAGACCGGUUUAUAAUGCAGAUGUGGCAAUGGUGAAUGGGCAAAGGACCGGAUCGUAUGAUUCCCAAAUGUCAGAAAAAGAAGAACCAGGCACCCCUUCUCACAGCGUUUCUCACCUCAUUCGGGGCUUUGAGUCAAAAACUGACAGCAAUUCGCGUGUUGAUUCAAGUCGCCUAUUAACGCCAGCCUUUGGAUCAUACGAAGACAAUUCCGAAUAUGACGUAACUGACAAGCAGAAGAGAAAUGCUUCGAAACGCAAGCUGUCGAUCCGGAAACGAGGGAAAAGCAACAACAGUGGCAAUGCGUCGGUUCUGCAAAAACUCGGCAUUGCUCCCUUCAUGGGUUCGGAAAACCGUAAUGCGAAAAAGGCAUUGGCACAUUUUGAUGUGCAGAGUAUUUUGUUUGAAUUGGAGAAUGCAGCAGUGCUUAAGGCCAUUUACGCUGAUGGUGGCAGUAGGCCAAAAAAUGUCUCGACCGGAGCAUCAGCUGCAUCUAUGCGAAGUCAGAAGAAAAAGUCGGAUGGCAGUGAUUCAGGGAGCACAGAAAAAGUCCGAACAGAUUCAUUCACUGAGGACGGAGAUGGCGCGAGCAAUGACUUGGUAGAGAGCUGCCCGUUUUUCUGUAACGAAAUUGGAGCCGUUGAGAAUCAGGAAGAAGAUAAGAUGAAUAAACUGUUUGGAAAGUUUCGUGGUAACAUGUCGAGCCGAGUAUGGACGUCAAUGAGCAAGAAUCGGACGCCAUCACUCGAGCUGCUUAAUUCAACUGAUAAUGACUUAGAUUCUAUAUUCGGUAGUGGCCUGUCUACCAGCGAACUCGAUCAGAAAAAUGACGUCACGAUAUUGGAGUCUAUCAACGAAGGUUCAAAGAUCUCACUUUGGGAUCGGCCAAAGCGUUCUGAUAAACGGAUAUUUGAUUUCCAGCACAUUGACUUGGGUGCCAUGUACUACCGUGAAUUUUUCAUCGGAAAAGAUCAUCAGAAUUAUUUAGGAAUUGAUGAGAAGUACGGGCCUAUUUGUAUCACAAUUGCACGCGAGAAUCUCGAGAAAAUGGCUGUUUUAGGCCAUCCGAAGGAGCUUACAAAGAGCAGCUCACACAAAUACCAAUACAGGAUCAUACUUAGGACCACAGAGUUGUCAACAUUCAGAGGGGCUGUGCUUGAAGAAUCAAUUCCUUCAACAACGAGACAUGGCGCAUCUAGAGCCCUUCCACCACGUGACAUUUUGGAGUUUUGUUUUCCUGAGCUUCAGAUCAGUUGUCUGAAAUUAGCAAUGGCUGGGCCAAAGGUUCCUGAACACCUUCAAAAACUGGAUGAGCAACAGUUAUCACUGCAGUACAAAGUUGGUUUGCUGUACUGCAAAGCAGGUCAAAGCUCAGAAGAAGACAUGUACAAUAACGAACAUCAUGGACCAGCUUUUGACGAGUUCAUGGAUGUCAUUGGUGAAAAGGUCUUCUUAAAAGGAUUUGAAGGCUAUCGAGCACAACUUGACAACAAAAACGAUUCUACUGGAACAUAUUCAUUGUAUACCAAGUUUCAAAACCGGGAAAUCAUGUUUCACGUUUCUACGUUGUUGCCAUGGACCCCUAACAACAAGCAACAGCUUUUGCGGAAACGGCACAUUGGAAACGACAUAGUAACGGUGAUAUUUCAGGAGCCUGGUGCGGAGCCGUUCACCCCAAAGAACAUUAGGUCACAUUUUCAGCAUGUAUUUAUCGUUGUUCGGGUUGAGAAUCCAAAUACGAAUAACGCUGCCUACAGGGUCGCCGUUAGCCGAUCUCAAGAUGUACCAGAAUUUGGUCCCCCCAUUCCUCCCGAUUCUACAUUUCGAAAAAACAAGGCGUUUCGUGACUUUUUGUUAUCAAAAAUAAUAAAUGCUGAAAAUGCUGCUCAUAAAUCAGAAAAAUUCACAGCCAUGGCGGUGCGCACGCGGUACGAGUAUUUGAAAGACCUCGCUACGAAUUUCGUAACCGCUCAGACAGUCGACUCUGGUGGCGCAAAGUUCAGUAAAUUCAAUCCUCUAAGUGUGAAGAAAAGAGAGAAGAUUCAUCCACCAUGUAACCCUGAAGUGUGGUGCCAAGGCAGCCUCGUUUGGUCCGUCAAAGUAGAUGCUGAAAAUGCAGCGACAUCGAGGCUUUGCUUCAUCGCUGUCUCCACCAGUUUUAUCGUAUUGCUGGACAAAGUCACCAAGGAGAAUGUUGUGACGAUUACAUGCAAGUCCGUGAUAGGGUGGAGGAUUUCUGGUUACAGCAUGCGAUUGUAUUACAACAACGGGCAGGGGCUGAAUCUCACUCUGGUCGAAGACGAUGGCAAUGAAAUGACGUUUAUCGUGAAUCGUUUGAAGGCAGUCACACCAGGAUGCCAGACACAGGAUAUGUCAUUGCGUCGCAGUGGCAAUGGACAGCUUGGCUUUCACGUCUUUUAUGAAGGGCUUGUUGCAGAAGUUGAGCCGUACGGAAUGGCAUGGCAAGCUGGUUUAAGGAAAGGAAGUCGCCUUCUAGAGAUAAGUGGAAGACUGGUUGGCAAAAUGUCACAUGAUCGUAUGAUCCAGUCACUGCGUAAGCCAGGCAGUAUAAGAGUUGUUGUGCUCCCCCCGUUACCCGAUGGACAACCAAGAAAUUACAAAUCGACGCGCAAUCUCAAGCGAUACUCGAGCAUGACCUCUGUUUAUUCGGAAAGAAUCCAAGAUUCCACAGAUACAUCGGGCUCCUCGUCUUCCCGCGAAAACAUCCCACUUGACUUUGAAACUGUGACUCCAAUUCGCGUUGGUGGACAAAAAAUGACGACAAUCGAGGCCAUAAUAAAGCAGAGCACCCCCCAUUCCAUCAGUCGGCUGAACAACAACCACUCCUCCAGACCACAAGGCUUUAUUCUUGACUCCGAUCAGUCGCUAGAAUUUACUGAAGCUUCUUCCGCAGAACACUUAAUUACGUCACCCACCCACUUAAGUGAUGGGAAACGAGAAAAAAUCUUAAAGCAAAAUAAGGAGGUUGUUGCACAUGGGAUUGGGAAUGGAAAGGAGGAGAACCCCGUUCCUGGAAAUGACAAACAAAGAACACCCAUCGUGCUUAAAGAUACAGUAUCCAACUCUUCUUCGGCAGGCAGUGUUGACCCAGAACUGACUGAACUAGAGAGAAAUAUUACUGAUACGCGAAAAAGCAUUGACGCUAAGUUUUACAAGUCAUUGAUACAAAAUUCGGCUAGCCGUAAGUAUCACGACCAGGCAAGUAGGGGCGCAAUCCCUUCAAAACCUGGCGCUUCAAAAGAUAUGAAGCACAUUUUAGAACAUACGAAUCCAAUUAUUGAUUUGCAUGGUAGAAGAACAAACAAAACUACAAUUGAGAAUGAACCCGUCUUGGAAGAGGACAUUUCUGUAUUGCCAAACAGAGUCAAGGAUACUCCAAUGCAGGGGAAAGCUGCUCCACCUAAUGGAGUUCAAUCAAAGCCGUCCGAAAGUAGCGAGCUAAUAAAUGGUUCGUCUGCAAGUUUGUCUAGAAUGCGAUCACCGCCUCCGUAUGAAGUCGCAAUCAACUCUCUCGAAAGGCAACGUGCAAAGAAGAAUCAAACCAAGAAGGAAGCAACUAAAGACAUUAAGGUGGAAAAUGCACCAUCUGGUGCAUCGUCGCCGAAUCAUCAUUCAAACGAUUCGAGUCUAGAUGAAAAGCCAAGAGUGCUCUUAAGAAAAACUAGUAGCGAAACAAGACGCCAUCGUUAUCAAGUGAAGAGCGAAAAUUUAGAGGAUCUUCUGGGUUCAAAGAAUUUCAUGAAAGGGACACCAAAGACCGAGUCAAAUACUCUUCCAUACGAGUUUAUUGGAAAUAGAAAUAAACUAAUGAUAGCCCGCUCAGAAUCGAACAUUCACGCAUCUUGUGAAAGAUCGCUAGUUUCUGACAACGAAGAUCGACACCGAAAUUUUGAUAUUGUUCAAACGAGAGUUCGCGAUGUGAAUGAUGUUAUAAAAGAAAAGAUACACGUGCGAUCGGGCUCAGCUGAUCAGCUGGUCGGGUUCUCUCGCUUGCCAUCACAAAGCCAGUCUCCCUCACCGGAAGGUGGACGAAGAGAGCAGUUGAGUAUUUUGCGGGGAAAUAUGCCGAGGAAGUUAAGUAGAAAGAGUAGCGUUGGCGGUGAUUCAGAGGAAGGUACUCCUUACUCAAGCCAUUUGAAUCGCAGAAUAAAAAGUCAGGAGGAUAUUGCGGCUGAAAGCGAGCCGACACUAGGAAAGCACCACGCUCCAUUCAGGCAAGCGAGUGUGGGAUCAAUUUCAACUGAUUCUUUUCUGUACACUGAAGAAAGCAUUAAUGACACAUUUGCGAAAAUUGAUCAGGCUUUCGGAUUCACCUCCUAUGGCGAUCAACAGAGUACAGAUCAAACUGCCAGUAAAGAAGCCAGUAAAGAAGAAAAAAGAAAGAAGAAGUCAAAGCAUCGUCAAAGAUCUAGGUCAUCAAAGCAUUUUACUGACAGCUCAGAUGAAGAAAGUGGUGCUAGCUCGUUGGCUUCGGUUGCUUCAAAAAGAUCAACAUCUAGUGGAAGAACUCGAUUGAAAUCCUUCGAAAAAUUCAAACCACCUUCCCAAGAUUCACUGGAAAAAAAGAAAAGUGAGGCAGAGGAGAGUUUAGAGGCUGCUAUUACCGAAUUCCAUUCCACUCUGUCCAGUCUGCCCGAUCAGCGUUCGAGUCUGUACCGUUCUUCGUCUAUUGAACAAAGUAAAAACGUGCGAACGCCAAAGGAACAGAGCACUGUCAGCGUGAUUUCUACUGCUGGAAAACAGAAAUCAGAGAGAAGUUCAGUGCAAGUUUCAAGAAAAACUAUUGCUUAUUCUGAAAAUAAAGGAAAAGGAUAUUCAAGGAUUUCUAGCAGGCAGUCUAGCAUAGACUCGCCUUCUCACAGCUCUAGGGAAAGUGGCGGGCGCGUUCAAGAAUUAGUAGGAAAGUUUUCAAAUAUUGAAAGAAAGGAUUCACUCGAUUCUCCAACACCAAACAGAGGUAAUGAUCGUACGCGAUCCCGAAGCGAGGCUAGGAUAUCGUUGAUAAGCUCAUCUUCGCCUUGGGUUCGAAGAAGCUCCUACCAAAGCGUGAGCAAAAAUACCGAAGGGGGUAGUAUUGCGAACCGUUUUGAAAGACACAGGGCUAGUCACACUGAGAAAGUUAAACAAGGCUCGUCGACACCAGAGGAAACCCCCGUGAAGAAGCGAAUAAGCGUAACAGUACGACCGAAGCUUGAAAUGGAAAACGAGCAAGAAAAGUUUGGGCGUUUGGAAGUCGCACCAAACAGUCCAUUGUGGAUGGAUGCUUGUGAACGAGGCAUGACAACUUUGCCAGGCCGAGGAAAGAAAUUCAAAAAGAGCAUUCAAAACAGUGUCGUUAAUGUACCACUUAGUGUUAGAGGUCUGGACCUAGCCCCUCAGCGUGCAGAAGAGUUAAGCACUUCGAGCAAAGAAGACCUUCGAUUGAUGUUGUCGGUCCUUUCCGGGGAGCUAAUCAAGGAGAAAUCUAUAAACGAGAAACUUAUGGAAGAACUUGAGGUUGCGAAAGUUGAGAAAGAGCAAUUGCUUGAGCAGUCCAAAAGUGCUGCUUCGCAGCUGCGCAAGUUCACCUCGUGGUUUUAUGAUUCCGUUUCACAUAAAGAUGGCUUGAAUUUCGAUGAAAGUUGAUUAUCUUGGUUGGAUUUCACAUUUGUUUUAAGUUAUUGGUGAAUGCAUUAUGUGUAUGUUGUAUGGGUAAAAAAUGCAAGGUUACCUUACUAGUUUAGUCUAGAUAUAAUUUUAAAUAACUUUAUUGUAAUAUACCGUACUCCCAUUUUUUUUUCAUAGCAAUCUACAGCCAUGGGUACUGUUGCGCAGUUGGUCAAGAGAAUUUUAAUUAAAGGCACCAUUUUUUAACCUCAAAAAAAGGAGACCAAGUUAUCCCUGAAGAGAACCCCCCUGUAUCUUCCUUUUCCCGGCGGAAUCGGUUGUCUACAAUUUUCUCCCCAACACUCCCCGUAAGUCUGCAAUACCUAAGUUUGACUCAUCAAAAUAUGAACAGGCAAAUGCUACAGUUAUGUCAAAUCGACAAUUUCUUCGUAGGGUUUAUCUUAAUAAACAGUCAGCCAGCUAGUAAUUACCAAAAAACUUAGUAUAAGAACGUCGAUUCAUGUAUUGGUUUUUGGGAUUAUGUGUACACAAAUAUGACAAAACCAAUGUUUUUGAAUCAGACGACGCUUGCCAGCGCUAUCAUAAGCUUUCAUUGUCGCAUUUUUAUGAUUUUUUAUCAAGGAAACUGCUUUGUUAUAGCAGACUUGCAGAAAAUCCCCGGAACCAUAGUCAACAGCCACGCCCACGUUAUUAGCCCAUUCAUUGUUCGAGAAUCUUGAGAAUGUAAGCAUAGAAAUGAUUCAGUACAGCUGAAAAUAUGUUGUAGUUUUGUAAAUUAGAGUAUAAACACGUCUAUUCAUUUUACAUAGUUUAUGGUUUUUAACGGGAAUUACAAGAAAUUCUAAAUAAGCAGUUGAUUGUAAAGCACAAUUUCACAACUCAUUGAUAAGAUCUAUUAGGUUAGAUAUGAUUCGUAACGUAGACCACAAGGUCUUUUCUUCGUUACUAACCUUAGAGAAAUGCCACCUCUGCAUGUGUACCUUCCAACAAACACAUUUCUUAAGGCUGACCAGUCUACCAGUCUACUUGCAAUGCUACCAGUCCCCAGAAAUUUGUAUGAACAUUUUCAUCUUUAGUGGUCCAACAAAUCGCUACCGUGUAUGUUAAUGUGUGUCAAUAGAACUUUUCUGGUUUUACAAAUUUUGUGCAGUUAUAACCGCACUAGCGCGCCACUCCUAUAAAUUUUUACUUGUGUUCUCUACUCCAGAUUGAAGGAUAUUUAUGUCCUUACUUUGUAUCCGUAGCUAUAUGAAGACGAUUAUGUAUAUGCAAA